AUGGGAGGAAAGGUCCUGAUACCCACUGCUCAACAUAUUCGCCAUUUGAAUGCUGCACGUCUUGCUGCUGACGUGUGCGGAUCACCUACUAUCAUUGUCGCUAGAACUGAUGCCGAAUCUAGCAGAUUACUCACUAGUGAUGUUGACGAACGCGAUCAUCCAUUUAUCGAUAGGGAUGCGGGACGAACGGUGGAAGGAUUUUAUAGAUUAAAGGACUCGACUGCCCUACAAUACUGUAUCGACCGUGCAAUCCAUUAUGCACCAUACUGUGAUCUUAUAUGGAUGGAGACAAGUCAUCCAACUAUCGCCGAUGCUAGGGAAUUUGCUGAAGGUGUCCGAAAGGUCUAUCCGGACAAGAUGUUCGCCUACAAUUGCUCACCAUCGUUCAACUGGAAGCAACAUCUGAGCCCAACUCAAAUGGAGAAAUUCCAAAAGGUA